CAGAUAGGAAACGAAAAAGCCCCUAAAGAGAGGGAGAGCGUACUCUAAGCGGCAUCAGCACCGCACGAAAGAACGAACGGUGAGCAAAUGCGGUCCAAUGGAUACGAUUUGAUAAGGAUCUGCCUCGCCUGCUCCCGGCCACCUAGAAGCUGCCCACCCCCGUUCUCCGCCGUUUGUGCCACCGGAGCCCAAAGGAGUAUAGAAACCGAAACAGCAGCAGAGAAGGCCUCUUCACAUCGAGCCCCGUCGUGACAUUCGGGGGUUUCGUCGCCGCCACCGCCGCACCGCAGCCGUCGUCGCCGUCGUCGCUCUCAGCAAAUAGCUGUCGACUGUCUUGGCCGUUCUGUACGUACGACGCUGUGUUGGUUAGUGGACGCAAAAAUCCCUUUCUGGUUCCAUCAAGCUCCGGCUGUGAAGCGCUGAGCUACCCAUCCAUCCAACCAUCCAUCUGUCCUUCCGUCUGACAACGUUCGCGGGCUUCGGUCGCCGUCAAAGUGCGAUCCAACAAGUGGUGCCAACCGCGAGAAGCGUGUGCAGAGUGUAAGGGCAGUGAAAACUCCAGCCGCGUGAAACAUAUGUUUCGCUGGUGGUUCGCGAAAAUUGCCGUAAUUUGUGAUGAUAAGUGAAAGUGUUUGACGAGAUAGGCAGCAAGAACCGCAUCGGUGGUGGCGAACAGAAAGCAACAAGCAAAAGAGUGUGUAGUGUGUUAAACGCCUCAGGUGCCCCCCCAACCGCCCAAUCCGUGUUGUUAAGUGUUGCUGCAACAGGUUCUGGACACCGUUCGGUGGACGGACAAUACGGCACAGGUCAACGGAUUGAUUCCAGUGAGAAAUCCCAACGACUACACUAAACGGAAAGUACAAAAGUAAUCGUGAAGAAUUAGAAUUUAACAGACCGAAUAGAUUCGAAUGUUUGUAUGACAAAAGUGGAUUUUCGGAGAAGAAUAAAUUGUGAACGUCCAGAAAUGUGUAUUGCAGCAAAAAUGGGCUUGUUAAAUUUAGUGUCGCCAACGAUUGGCUUAGUGGGUCUUUAAAGUGAGAAGAGUUCAAUCGCAUAAAAGAAACAGUGCCCAUCCAGUUAACGAGUUAGAAUCACCAACUUAUAAAUCCGCGCCAGAUAACCACAAUCCAGGAAAAGAGACCAGUCUCGCGUGGAGGCCUAACAGAUCUAAAACAGUUAUAAACGAAUUCUUAUUUUCUGUGUCACUUCUUCAUCUGUGCGUUCGUUGUGUUCUGCGCGGACAGAGCGCGCUCGAUCUUUCCUACCAAUCAUCAUCGUCUUCAUCAUCCGCAGAAGACGCAGAAAACGGUAGACUGGCAGCAGCUAAGAUUUGUGCGCUGGUCUCCAUAGUGAAGUGAACCUAGAAGAGUGAAGCGAAGCGAAAAGACGGCGGAGAAGGAAAAGAAAAUAACCGUAAGCUCAAGAGCGAAACGCAACCAUCAACAGUGAAAGAGAUAUAAUAAAAUCGGGAAAAAUUAGGACACUGUCGUGUGUUCUCUGCCCUCGCUCCCUCCGCCCAAGCCGGAUUGUAUGAGUGGUGAACAAGUUGUUUGAAGGUGUUUCCUGGUGACUAAACUGAACUUUUCCAACCGAGAAAAUCCGUUUCAGAGGGGGUGAAAAUUCUUCGCAAGCUCGCAUAUGCACGCAAUAAUGAGCCAACCGAUGAAGGCAAGUGGCAAUACUAUGGUCAAUAGUAUUGGGAAUAGCAUCGGGAACAGUAUCGGAAACAGCAUUGUCGGUGGCGGCGGUGGCAGUGGACAUAUCGCGAACAGUUUAGUGCAAGUGGCCACCAAUUUGACCAACGGCAGCAACAACGGCAACGGCAUGUUGGUCACCACCAGCAACGGACCCAGCAGCAACAAUAUGAACAACGCACCGAAUCAGCCACCGGGGACCCCAACCGGCAACAACUGCCAGUCGAUCAGAUAUUGCUGGGAAGCCGACAAAGUGAAAACCCUGAUCCGACUACGGGCAGAACUAUCACCACUCUUCACCGGCAAACGGAAUGCAUCGAAAUACGCGUGGGCGGUCGUCGAACGAGAACUCAGUGUGCCUUUACCGAUUUCAAAAAUCAUCAAAAAAUGGAACAACCUCCUGCAAGAGUACAAGGCCAUCAAAAUGUCCGAGGAACCGAAGCGUCGGGAGUGGCCCUUCUUCAACCUAAUGGACGUGUAUUUUAGCGAUCAGGUGAACGAUCCCACCCUGCGCCUGUUCUCGUCCACAAAGCGGUUCGAUUCGGACACGCUGGACGAUGCCCAGUUCGAUGACGAGAUCAUGAACUCGACGGCUGCAGCGGCCAUUGCUGCGGCUGCAGCAGCUUCAGCCGCCGCUGCCAACGCCGCUAGUCAACAGAAGAUCAAAAACGAACUGCUGCACGGCCACAGCGGUGGCAGCAUGCUGGACAUCUCGGACAUCAUCGAAGACCACCUCGGCAGUGGGGACUCCAAAUUGGACCAGUUCAAGCGGGAAAUCGUUCUCAGUCAGUUCAGCAACGUUUCAGAACGGAGUAACAGCACCAGUAGGAAAGAAAAGAACAACAACAAUAACAACAAUAAUAAUAAUAACAACAACAACAGCAGUAACAACAACAACAACAGCCAGAACACAAACGGAACCAUCAACAGCAACUGCUACAGGGAAAAGGAAAAGCAGCUGAUCGAAAGCCUAAGUCACAGCCCGAGCACAGUGCACCUGAGCAGUACGAACAGCAACAACGGCAGUGCGGACACCAGCAGUAUAAACAGCAGCCCCACCAGCCACGUCAGCAGUACCAACGGGGCCGGUCCCAAAAUGACCAACGGGCCCUCGCCGCAUGCGAAUUUCAACGCCCUUCUGGCGGCCGCCAGCAGCACACAGAACGGAAGCACCCUGAACAGUAAUAGCAGUGCGAUCAGCAGUACCGAUCGGGAUACGGACUACGACGAUUACCCGAACGAUAGGGACAGCCUGUACGACGGUGGGAGCACCCACCUGAAGAACCUAAACCAGAAGCUGCUGAACCAGAUGAACGAACAUCACAACAUCGAUCAGUACUUGCUGUCUUGGCGUGGCUUUCACGGGAACAUGUGCAAAGGGUUCCACAGCCUGCAGCGGGACGGUCAGAUGGUGGAUGUCACGAUCGCCGCCGGGGGUAAGAUCUUCAAGGCACACAAGCUGGUGCUGUCGGUGUGCAGUCCGUACUUCCAGAAAAUCUUCCUCGAGCACCCGUCGCAGCACCCGAUCCUGUUCAUGACCGACGUCAAUGCGCAUCACAUGGCCGGGCUGCUGGACUUCAUGUACAGUGGACAGGUGAACGUGAAAUACGAAGACCUGCCCAACUUUCUGAAGGUGGCAGAAGCGCUGCAGGUUAAGGGCUUGCAUGGCGAGAGCACCAACGACGCCGAGGAGCGCGACUAUCAGCAACAGCAGCAGCAGCACGCCCUACGUCUUCAAGAGCAGCAGCGUCUCUAUCAACAGCAGCAGCAGCAGAACAUGGUACAGCAUCAGCAAAGCUUGGCUCAGCAGCGACAGCAACUGAUACAGGCGGCCCAACAGCAAGCGCAAGCUGUGGCACACGCCCAGCAACAGCAGGCCGUGCAACAAGCUCAACAAGCUGCGGCCGCUGCAGCUGCCGCUCAGCAACAGCAACAGUUAGUUAGCCGAAACAGUUUCAAGGAACUGAUGAAGGCCAAGCACGCUGCCGCUGCUGCCGUACUGAACGAAGACUACCUGAACAACAAUGCCAAAAGUAUGAACAACAACAACAACAACAGCUCCCACGUAAACAAUGCCAACCUCAACAACAACAUCAGCUCCAUGAACAACAACAAUCUCGCACAGUUCGGCGUCCACCAGAUCAACCCCUCGAAGAAGAUGCUUGACAGUCAAAAGUAUCAAAAGUACUACUCGAAACGGAAGCUGGUCCAACAGUACGAACAGGAAAUGCGAGCGGAAAAAAGAAAACUUGGCAUCGAAGACGUAAUCCAGGCAGCGGCAGCGGCGAAGGCUCUGAACCUACGGCUAAACAACGGCGGCAUGACCAGUCCAGUCAGCGUGGUCGCUCCCUCAACGCCCACUCCGAAUCCACCGGAAACGCCAACCAAUGGGCACUCGAGUGGCACCGACGAAGAACAACCCCCGCUCAUACAGAACAUCAAAUCGGAACCGAACUACGAUGAGGACGAAGGCAUGGAAGUGGACAACGACAACAACUUGGCAUCGAACAACAACAACAACCACAGCAUCAACAAUAACAACAACCACGAGGACGACUACUACAGCCAGCGCGAUUCGGUCAUCGGGAAGUCCAUGAAGCAUUCCAUCCUGGAGCCAAAUAUAGUAUUAAAGCAGAGCGACGAGUGUCUCAGCUCAUCCAACAAUAACAACAACAACAACAGCAACCAGACGGGUAGUCUCAACUUGUGCAAGAAUGUUAGUUAGGGCAGCAGUGCGUCCGGUUGGUAUGGGACCGGCAUGGCAACGGCGGCAACAGCUACAACGGUGUGGCGUGAGUGGGAAUGAGUGCUCGGGCGGGAUGAGUGGCUGACGGUUGGAUGAGCGAAAGGAGUAACGCACCCUCAUACGCAAAGGACGGGAGAAAAAGUGUAGUAAUAUUUAUAUUUAUUUAUUUUGUUGAUUUUGUUAGGUUAGUAGACAGUAUCGGAAGAAACCUUUGUACAUAGGUUAUUAGUUUUUUCGGUCGGUAUAAUUCUCAAUACUUUCAUCACAUUUGGCGUCACGUAAGUUAUUUUGAUAUCAUCGACAUCUUCGGGUCGGAUUUGUUUUCGAGCUGUUUAGAUUCGCAGCCGACAGGAAUUUUGCACUGAGAGCAAAAGAGACUAGCGCUGUUCGAAAAGUUUCUUGUGACUUUCUUUCUUUCUCCGGAGGUACAGACAAGGAAUAUAUUUAAUUUAUGCGAUUUGUUUCCUGGGUUAUCCCAACCGGGUAUCCUCAGAUAUUGUUUAUUUUUAUUUUUGUAUUUUUGUUAGUGGUUUUCGUUGCGAAAAAAAAAACAGGAAAAUCAAAUUGUCCAUAAACUAAUUUUGUUUUAAUCAUAAACAGUAGUAGGUUUAAGGUGAAUGUUCGUGUGGUUGUAUAAAUGUUAGGUUAUGGUGUGUGCGAGAAAAGAGAUGACGAAAGAGAAGCAGAAGCGGGAAAAGUGUAAAUCAGAAAUUGAUCUGCGGAAACGAUUGAUUUUUCUCACCUGAUUAUUUGUGAUCUAUGUUCGUUACGAGUAGUUAAAGAAGAUGCUGGGCGUCGUUUGACCGGUUUGCUUGUCAGCGAUCCUGAAAUUAUGGAAAAUCCCGUCGAAAAUGGCGACUCAAAAUAACACAAUUGAAACGAAAAUAUAUAAAAUUAACGGUAUAUAAAAGCUCAGGUCAUUACUAAUCUAGUUCUUGUUGCUUUGAAAGAUGGUUUAUUAGCGAAAUUGUUUGACAUGCACGCGUAGAAAUCAUUUUGUUGGUUAUUGAAAAGUUCUAUUUAGUCUUAAAUUGUUUGGAACGCUGUCCAGCGGCUUCAAAAUCUGCAGAGUAACUUAAGUUUUGAUAAGGACUAUCAAAUGUACGAAAUCCAUCCAACUAUUACUCACCCAACACACGUAUUUUGGCUUAUUUUGAGAACAUCACAUAGCUGACUUUGGUUUUGACACUUCAAACAGAAGCAGAAUGAUCCUGCCAGUAAAAAAUAAAAAAUAGUGAAGAUCAAGAUGGAGGAACAAAAAUUUACGUACCAACUGCCAACUAACGCAAGAACGGUGGCAUCUAUUGUGCAAUUAACCCCAUUUAAAUGUCGUUGUGAAGAUAACAAAUCAAACACAAAAUUAACUCUAACCUAACUGACUAAUCAAUGCGAUGGAAAUUUAAAAAUGCAUGAAUCGAUGUUUACAAACAUAUUGUCUAUGCAGCCUACUGGGAUGCAAUUAUACGGAACUGUUAUUUUUUCUUAGGUUUUUUGUUAGUUUCGUUUCGCAAUUAAUAUUAGUUGUUAGAAUUCAUUAGGAGUUUCCUUUCUUCGGGUUUAUUUAUUUAUUGAUCUUAUCUUCUUCGAUCCUUCUCUUGUUUUACCUAAAGGUGUCUGAAUGGUCUUCUUCCUUUUUAACUCCCGACAUGUUUUCACACGUUUCUCUGGUGUAAGACAAAGUUCUUAGAUUUUAGUAACAUUUUUGUUUUCGUUACAAAAAUUAGCCGAAAAGAGAUGCAACACAAUUCAUAUACAUAUACAUAUAGCAAAAUGAGUGUAAUUUAAACGUUGCUUAAUGUAAGGAAGUAAUAGAUAAAUAAUAGACUUACAUCCACAAACACAGAAAAUAAUAUAAUGCGAAACUGUGGAAACAAAAUUAUACUUAUAUGAGUGUUAGGUUUUUAUAGAAAUAUUGAUAUUUACAAUACAGAAGAAAAGAAACAAAUCAGACAUGUGAAUUACAAUAAAGUAGCAUCGUUCACGCGAUGGCAAAAAGACUCAUACAAAGGAAAAUCUUCAAAACGAUACACACACACAUACUUUACCUGAACAGAAGAUAAGAGAAACUUGCAAGACGCGAAAAAGGACAACUAAAUUAUACUAAGUAUACACUGUAAGGGAAUCUAAAACGAUACAAUAAUUAUAGGAAACAUUCAUGCGAACUCAACAGAAAGAAAAUGAGUUACUAAGCGGAAGUAAAUUAUACCUAACUAACAUAAAACAACAAAAAACAACUAUUUAUGUCCAUGUGUAAUAGAUAUGUGCAAAUGCAUAACAAAUAACAUAAACAAUACAUUACAAAGCAAACAAAAUGCUAUAAUUGUGCAUGGGCGACCGCAGCAGCUGCAGCGGCGCCCGCAAAAGCCGAGAAAAUAUAUUUCUAUAUUUGUAUUGUGUAGCGUUCAGAACGCAGAGUUGUUAAACAAGCGACAAGACAAAUACAGCGCAAUUUACAGCAAAUUCAAAACACCUCCCGACGUGCAAGCACACAGACACACACACAUACAUUAUCCCGAUCGCCAGAAUCCCAGUGAUGAUCAUCAGUGGACGUCCAUUGAGGCGUCCGAUUGUGCCGAACUGUGAGCGGGAUAUUAUUACUCAUAGAACAUAGGAACACCUUAAAGCUAGCGAAGCCUAAUGACGGCUGGUUGCCACCCGUACGAACAAUAGAAAACGCAGAUGAAAUACAAUACAUAGGUAGCCGAAAAAAAAACAAACAAACUCAAUAACAUAAACAAUAAACCAGCUGAAGAAAAAGACGGAUGUGUGUUAACACGAAGAACAGCAUAUACGAUUUUUCGCUUGUUUUUGUAGUUUACAAUGCUUUAUGUUGGAAUUACGGAACGGAGGAAAAUUUACUGCAAGCCCACACACAAAACCCAUAACACAUACAAGAAACGUAAACAAUGUUUAGACGAGAUUUUUUUUGUUAUAUUUUAUAAAAUUGAAGAUUAUUAUAAAUAUAUAUUCUAUAUAAUAAUAAAUACCA